AUGUCACCUGUGAGUGGUGCUGUAACUUGUGCCUGUAAAGGGAAUCAGCUUAAAACAAAUUCUGGCUGCACAUGUCCGUCAGGCUCUUACUUUGACAGCACAACUUGCUCGACUUGCGGUGAUUUCUGCACUACAUGCACAGAUACAACUGGUAUCUGCACUGUUUGUAAAGAUAGUAAAAUGGAGGUGGACCCUGCUAAUCAAAAAGCUUGCAGAUGUAAAGGAACUCAAAAAUAUAGCUACACGCUAUCUUCUUGCUAUUGUCCAACUGGAUACUUCGAUGGCUCGACUUGCCAAAGCUGCACAACUCUUUGCUCGACCUGUGACUCGACUAAGUGUUUAACUUGCCAAGGUAUUGCCAACCUUAUAGUAGACCCUCAAAACCCAACCAAUUGUGUCUGUGCCACCGGCUACAAUUGGAUUACAGCAACGGGCAAGUGUGAUCAAUGCUCUGUUGGAACUUACUUCGAUGGCAACAAAUGUGCUAGCUGCUCAGAUAAUUGUGCAAGUUGUUAUAACGGUAGUGGAUUUUGCGCUGUUUGCAAAGACUCAAGAAUGAUGAUAAGCACAAGUGACCCAGCAAAAUGCAUUUGCAAAGGAACCCAAAAACUAACUGGAUCAACAUGUUCUUGCGAUGCAGGCUAUUACUUUGACGGAUCUACUUGUGUCCAAUGCUCAAGCUUAUGCACAUCUUGCUCAGAUUACACUGGUGAAUGCAAAACUUGCAAAGAUUCGAAAAUGACUAUUGAUGCAGCCAAUAAGAAGAACUGCAUAUGUAUCGGAGAUCAGGUACUUAACAAUAAUAUGUGUACAUGCCCUGGAAGUAAACAAUUUAACGGCGCUGGAUGUUCUGAUUGCAGCACUUUCUGUUCAAAUUGCAAUGUUGGCUCUAAUACCUGCAACACUUGUUUAGAUGGAACCAGGAUGUCUCCUGUAAGCAACACUCUAACUUGUGCCUGCAAAGGGAAUCAAAUAGUAACUAAUGCCGGUUGCAGUUGUCCUUCAGGCUCUUACUUUGAUAGCUCAACCUGCUCAACUUGCGGUGAUUUCUGCACUACAUGCACAGAUAUAUCUGGUGUCUGCACUGCUUGUAAGGAUAGUAAAAUGGAAGUUAACCCUACUAAUCAGAAAGUUUGUAGAUGCAAAGGAACUCAACAGUACAAUACCGUAACAUCCUCUUGCUACUGCCCUACUGGAUAUUACGAUGGUUCAACUUGUCAGAGUUGUACAACUCUUUGCUCAACUUGUGAUUCGACCAAGUGUUUAACUUGCCAAGGUAUUGCCAACCUUAUAGUAGACCCUCAAAACCCAACUAACUGUGUCUGUGCCAGCGGCUACAAUUGGAUUACAGAAUCGGGCAAGUGUGAUCAAUGUUCUGUUGGAACUUAUUAUGAUGGUAAUAAAUGUGCUGCCUGCUCAGAUAAUUGUGCAAGCUGUUACGAUAGAACUGGGUUCUGUAAAGCAUGCAACUCAAGAUUUACUCCAAGUCUUGUCGAACCAACUAAAUGCAUUUGCAAAGGAACCCAAAAGUUAACCGGAUCUACAUGCUCUUGUGAUGCAGGGUACUACUUUGAUGGAGAUACAUGUGUUCAAUGCUCAGAUUUAUGCAGCACUUGUGAAGAUUUAACUGGAGUAUGUAAAACAUGUAAAGACUCGAAAUUAAUGACAUUCGACUCAAACGAUAAUAAAAAAUGCAAAUGUAUUGGAGAUCAGAUUCUUAGCGGUGAUACUUGCAGCUGCCCUAGCAACAAACAAUUCAAUGGACUUGGGUGCUCUAGUUGUGGUGAAUUUUGUAGUGCUUGCGAUGUUAAUAAUAUAGUCUGCAACACUUGUUUAGAUGGAAGCAAAAUGUCUCCUGUAAGUAACACUCUAACUUGUGCCUGCAAAGGGAAUCAACUUAAAACAAAUACUGGCUGCACUUGUCCGUCAGGCUCUUACUUUGACAGCACAACUUGCUCGACUUGCGGUGAUUUCUGCACUACAUGCACAGAUACAACUGGUAUCUGCACUGUUUGUAAAGAUAGUAAAAUGGAGGUGGACCCUGCUAAUCAAAAAGCUUGCAGAUGUAAAGGAACUCAAAAAUAUAGCUACACGCUAUCUUCUUGCUAUUGUCCAACUGGAUACUACGAUGGCUCGACUUGCCAAAGCUGCACAACUCUUUGCUCGACCUGUGACUCGACUAAGUGUUUAACUUGCCAAGGUAUUGCCAACCUUAUAUUAGACCCUCAAAACCCAAGUAACUGUGUCUGUGCCACCGGCUACAAUUGGAUUACAGCAACGGGCAAAUGUGAUCAAUGCUCUGUUGGAACUUACUACGACGGCUCCAAAUGUGCUAGCUGUUCAGAUAAUUGUGCAAGUUGUUAUAACGGUAGUGGAUUUUGUGCUAUCUGCAAGGACUCAAGAAUGAUGAUAAGCACAAGUGACCCAGCAAAAUGCAUUUGCAAAGGAACCCAAAAACUAACUGGAUCAACAUGUUCUUGCGAUGCAGGAUUCUACUUUGACGGAUCUACUUGUGUUCAAUGCUCAAGCUUAUGCACAUCUUGCUCAGAUUACACUGGCGAAUGCAAAACUUGCAAAGAUUCGAAAAUGACUAUUGAUGCAGCCAAUAAGAAGAACUGCAUAUGUAUCGGAGAUCAGAUACUUAACAAUAAUAUGUGUACAUGCUCUGGAAGCAAACAAUUCAACGGAUCUGGAUGUUCUGAUUGCAGCACUUUCUGUUUAACUUGCAAUGUUGGCUCUAAUACCUGCAACACUUGUAUAGAUGGAAACAAAAUGUCUCCUGUAAGCAACACUCUAACUUGUGCCUGCAAAGGGAAUCAAAUCGCAACAAAUGCUGGUUGCAGUUGUACUUCAGGCUCUUACUUUGAUAGCUCAACCUGCUCAACUUGCGGUGAUUUCUGCACUACAUGCACAGAUAUAUCUGGUGUCUGCACUGCUUGUAAGGAUAGUAAAAUGGAAGUGGAUCCUACUAAUCAGAAAGUUUGUAGAUGCAAAGGAACUCAAAAAUAUAGCUACACGCUAUCCUCUUGCUACUGUCCUACUGGAUAUUACGAUGGUUCAACUUGUCAGAGUUGCACAACUCUUUGCUCAGCCUGCAACUCGACCAAGUGUUUAACUUGCCAAGCCAUUGAUCAUCUUAUUGUUGAUACCCAAAACCCUACAAACUGUGUUUGUGCCAGCGGCUAUAACUGGAUUACCGAUAAAAGCACAUGUGAGCAAUGCUCUGUUGGAACUUAUUAUGAUGGCAACAAAUGUGCUAGCUGCGCUGCUAAUUGUGCAAGCUGCUACGAUAGAACUGGGUUCUGUAAAGCAUGCAACUCAAGAUUUACUCCAAGUCUUGUCGACCCAACUAAAUGCAUUUGCAAAGGAACCCAAAAGUUAACCGGAUCUACAUGCUCUUGUCAUGCAGGGUACUACUUUGAUGGAGAUACAUGUGUUCAAUGCUCAGAUUUAUGCAGCACUUGUGAAGAUUUAACUGGAGUAUGUAAAACAUGUAAAGACUCGAAAUUAAUGACAUCGGAUUCAAACAAUAGUAAAAAAUGCAAAUGUAUUGGAGAUCAGAUUCUUAGCGGUGAUACUUGCAGCUGCCCUAGCAACAAACAAUUCAAUGGACUUGGGUGUUCUGCUUGUGGUGAAUUUUGUAGUUCUUGUGAUGUUAUUAAUAUAGUCUGCAACACUUGUAUAGAUGGAAAUAAGAUGUCACCUGCUAUUGGAGCUGUAACUUGUUCCUGCAAAGGGAAUCAACUUAAAACAAAUACUGGCUGCACUUGCCCGUCAGGCUCUUACUUUGACAGCACAACUUGCUCGACUUGCGGUGAUUUCUGCGCUACAUGCACAGAUACAACUGGUAUCUGCACUGCCUGUAAAGAUAGUAAAAUGGAGGUGGACCCUGUAAUUUCAUAUUAUAUCUAAUACCACAGCGACUUUUUUUAAAUAAAUAUUUUUAUUUUUUUAUUUGAGUUUUUUUAACCUAUAUUAUUUUGACAGAACUAUUAUUUUUUUGACCUAUUUAUUUAGACUAUAUUUUUAACCUUCAUUCUUAUUUUGAUUGGCCUACAUUUUAGUUAAUUAUUUUUUACACUUUAUAGUUAUUUGAUUUAAAAAUGAUUCCAUAUUGACUAUCGCAAUUAUUUUUAGUCCAUUUUAUUUUAAUGUAUUUGCUAGAAGUUAUAUUAUAAAUUUUUUUAGCAAUAAGCAAAAGGCAAAAAAAAUAUGAACAAAAAAGUUUUAUAUGUAGGCAUCGUGCAAAUAAAUCAUGGACCCUGCUAAUCAAAAAGCUUGCAGAUGUAAAGGAACUCAAAAAUAUAGCUACACUCUAUCUUCUUGCUAUUGUCCAACUGGAUACUACGAUGGCACAACUUGUCAGAGUUGCACAACUCUUUGCUCAACCUGUGACUCGACUAAGUGUUUAACUUGCCAAGGUAUUGCCAACCUUAUAGUAGACCCUCAAAACCCAACUAAAUGUGUCUGUGCGAGCGGCUACAAUUGGAUUACAGCAAGCAGCUCCUGUGAUCAAUGCCCUGUUGGAACUUACUUCGAUGGCUCCAAAUGUGCUGCCUGUUCAGAUAAUUGUGCAAGUUGCUAUAACGGUAGUGGAUUUUGCGCUGUUUGCAAAGACUCAAGAAUGAUGAUAAGCACAAGUGACCCAGCAAAAUGCAUUUGCAAAGGAAACCAAAAACUAACUGGAUCAACAUGCUCUUGUGAUUCAGGCUAUUACUUUGAUGGAUCUACUUGUGUCAAAUGCUCAAGCUUAUGCACAUCUUGCUCAGAUUACACUGGCGAAUGCAAAACUUGCAAAGAUUCGAAAAUGACUAUUGAUCCAGCCAAUAAGAAAAACUGUAUUUGUAUUGGAGACCAAAUACUUGACGGUAACAACGCAUGCACUUGUUCUGGAACUAAACAAUUCAAUGGUGCUAUAUGCUCUGAUUGUGGAACCUUCUGUACGACUUGCAAUGUAAAUCCAAAAGCAUGUAGUGUCUGUUUGGGAAACAGAAUGGAACCAGUAAGCGGCACUGUUACUUGUGCUUGUAAAGGAAAUCAACUAGUCUCAGCUAGUGGCUGCAGUUGUCCUGCAGGCUCUUACUUUGACAGCACAACAUGUUUGGCUUGUGGCACUUUUUGCACGGCUUGUGAUGACUUAACUGGAAAAUGCAAUACAUGUAACUCUGUAACUAUGGAAGUAAGCGACAGUGAUCCAAAAUCUUGUAAAUGCAAAGGAACUCAAGUAUAUAGCAGCGUUUUAUCCUCUUGCUACUGCCCCACUGGAUACUUCGAUGGCUCUACUUGUCAGAGCUGCACAACUCUUUGCUCAACCUGUGACUCAGCCAAAUGCUUAACUUGUCAGUCUAUUGCAAACCUUAUAGUUGACCCUCAAAACCCUAAAAAUUGUGUCUGUGCAGCAGGCUUCAAUUGGAUUACCGCAACCAGCAGCUGUGAGGUAUGCGAAACUGGAACUUAUUAUGAUGGAAACAAAUGUGCCAGCUGCACAACGAAUUGUGCAAGUUGUUAUUACGGCACUGGAGUCUGCGCUUUAUGCAAAGACACCAGAAUGGCAAUAAAUGUGAAUGACUUGACAAGCUGCAUCUGCAAAGGAAACCAAAAGAUUAGUGGAUCUACAUGCUAUUGCGAUUCAGGCUAUUACUUUGACGGAUCUAAUUGUGUCCAAUGCUCAAGUUUAUGCACAUCUUGCUCUGAUUACACUGGAGAAUGUCUUUCUUGCAAAGAUUCGAAAAUGAUUAUUGAUCCAGCCAAUAAGAAAAACUGUAUAUGUAUUGGAGACCAAAUCCUUGACGGUAACAACGCAUGCACUUGUACUGGAACUAAACAGUUUAAUGGCAAGGGAUGCGUGGAUUGCGGAUAUUUCUGUAGCACUUGCGAUGUAUCUCAUAAUACAUGUAACACCUGUAUUGACUCAGUCAGAAUGGAACAAGUAAGUAACACUCUUACCUGCCAAUGCAAAGGAAACCAAAUCGCAAAUAUUGGCUCUUGCACUUGUCCUUCAGGCAACUAUUUCGACAAUUCAAAUUGCCAAGCUUGUGGCGAUUUAUGUGCAGCAUGCGAUGACUCAACUGGAAAAUGUAAUACAUGCAUAAACACUGCAACUAUGGAAAUAAGCAGCACUGAUUCAAAGACUUGUAAAUGCAAAGGAACCCAACAAUAUAGCAGCCUAACGAAAUCUUGUUCCUGCACUUUAGGCUACUUUGAUGGCUCAACUUGUCAGAGCUGCACAACUCUUUGUUCUUCUUGUAAUGCAACUAAGUGUUUAGCUUGUCUUAGUAUUGACAAUCUUGAAGUAGAUCCUACCAAUCCAACAACCUGUCAUUGCGCCGCUGGAUAUAACUGGAUAACUGCGACUAACACUUGCGAGCAAUGCCAAGCUGGAACUUACUAUGAUGGAGAUAAAUGCGCUCCUUGUUCUACUAACUGUGCUAAAUGCUAUAAUGGCUCUGGAGUCUGCAGCGUCUGCGUAGAUACAAGAAUGGACAUUGGCUUAAAUGAUUUGACUAGUUGUGUAUGUAGAGGAAACCAAAAGAUCAGCGGAUCCACAUGCUCUUGCGACUCAGGCUAUUACUUUGAUGGUUCCAAUUGCGUGAAAUGCUCUGACUUGUGUGCUACUUGCCUUGAUUACACUGGAGUUUGUACAGCAUGCAAGGAUACUGCGAAGAUGACCUUUGAUACAGCAAACAAGAAGAAUUGCAAGUGCAUUGGAGACCAAGUACUUACUCCCCCUGUCCGUUAGCGAAUAAAACUAUUAGAAAAAUCCCUCUGUGAACGAUUUUUUUAAUAGCAAAAUUUUUAAUAUAUUGCUGAUAGUUAUUAUAAUGGAGUCUCUAGCUAAUUUUGUUUAAUUUUAAAAAAACUGCUUUUUAAAACAGAAAUUUAACAAAUUAAACUAAUAUUUGCUUUCCAAUUUUUAUGAAGCGGGAUUUUUUUUAAAUUUCGAAAAAAAAAUUUAAAAAAAAAAAUUAACCCCCUGUGAGCGAAAAAGAUUUUUUUGUUCACUCAAAAGCAGGGGGUAGUUAGCAACAAUGUAUGUACUUGCACUGGAACUAAGCAAUUCAAUGGCUCUGGGUGCUCUGAUUGCGGAACGUUCUGCUCCACUUGCAAUGUAAACACGAAGGUCUGCAACACUUGUCUUGAUACAGUUAAAAUGACAGCAGUUUCUGGCACAGUAACUUGCUCAUGCAAAUCUGGUCAGCAAGUCACAGCGACAGGCUGUAUUUGUGCUUCAGGAUCAUAUUUCGACACUACAACGUGCUCAGCCUGCGGUAGCUUAUGUGCUGCAUGUGCUGAAACAACUGGCAAAUGUUUAACAUGCAAAAACUCGGUAACUAUGGAAUUCGGCACUGAUCCAAAGACUUGCAAAUGCAAAGGCACUCAGCAGUACAACAGUGAUACAGCUUCAUGCUACUGCGCUUCAGGCUACUUCGAUGGCUCAACUUGUCAGAGUUGCUCUGCCCUUUGUUCUACAUGCGAUUCUAGUAAGUGUUUGACUUGUCAAAAUAUUGCUAACCUUGAAGUUGAUAUUACAAAUCCUAAGACUUGCCAUUGUGCGGCCGGCUAUAAAUGGAUAGUAGCAAAGAGCACUUGUGAGCAAUGCGCUACCGGAACUUAUUAUGAUGGAAGCAAAUGUGCUUCCUGCUCCACCCACUGUGCAAGCUGUCUUGAUGGACUUGGAAUAUGCGGAAAAUGCACUGAUUCAAGAAUGACACCAAACCUACUUGACUUAACUAAAUGCAUUUGUAAAGGAAACCAAAUUGUCAGUGGAUCAACAUGCACCUGUAACUCAGGUUUCUACUUCAAUGGCGAAAAUUGUGUUCAAUGCUCUAGCUUAUGCAGCACUUGUUUAGAUUACUCUGGGCAGUGCACAUCGUGUAAAGAUUCUCAAACAAUGAUAUUUGACCCAGUCAACAAUAAAGCUUGCAAAUGCAUCGGUGAUCAGUACCUUAGCAAUGGUGUAUGCACUUGUGAUGCUGGCAAACAAUUUAAUGGUGAAAUUUGCUCUACCUGCGGAAACUUUUGCAAGACUUGCAAUCUUUUAGCAAAUUCCUGUAGCGCCUGUAUAAACGAUAGCACAAUGACAACAGUUGCUGGCACAGCAGCUUGUUCAUGCAAAUCUGGUCUAAAUACCAUAGCAACAGGCUGCACGUGUAAUUCAAACUCUUACUUUGACGGCUCCAAAUGUUCUGCCUGUGGUGAUUUAUGCGAUACUUGCGCUGAUACCUCUGGAAAAUGUAAUACAUGCAAAAAUAUGGCAACUAUGGAAUUCACUGCUGAUCAAAAGAAUUGCAAAUGUAAAGGCACUCAACUAUACAACAGUAAUACAGCUUCGUGCUACUGCGCUUCAGGCUACUUCGAUGGCUCUACUUGCCAGAGUUGCUCUUCCCUUUGCUCAACUUGUAAUUCUGCUAACUCCCCAUUACCGUAAGUGAACAAAACCAUUAGAAAAAUAGCUAUUUUUCGCCUAAAAACCACCCAAGUGAGUGAACAAAAAUUGUUUAAAAAAAAAAGAAUUGGAUAUAUAAGUGAUAAUUAUUUUUACGAAAUCUAUAGCUAAUUCUGCUUAAUUUUAAACAAACUGCGCUUUAAAACAUAAAUUUUAUAAAUUAAAUUAAUAUUUGCUUCCCAAUUUUUUGCCAAUUAGGAUUUUUUUUAAAAUUUCGAAAAAGUUUUUUUUCUAUAAAAUUUAUCCCCCCCUCCGUGAGCGAACAAGAUUUUUUGUUUGCUCACAAAGGGGGAGUAAGUGCUUAACUUGUCAAGCCAUCGACAAUCUUAUAGUUGACUCGACGAAUCCAAAGACUUGCAAAUGUGCCAGCGGAUACAAAUGGAUUGUAUCAGGUAGCACCAGCACCUGCGGGAAAUGUUUAUCUGGCACUUAUUAUGAUGGAACCAAAUGCUCUAGUUGUUCAACCAACUGUGCUACAUGUUAUGAAGGAUCUGGGUUAUGUCGAACUUGCAGUGACUCUUUGAGAAUGCAAAAGAAUCCAAGUGACUUAAGUAAAUGUAUUUGCAAAGGAAACCAAAAGGUCACUGGAUCAACAUGCUCUUGCGAUGCAGGCUACUAUUUUGAUGGCAACAAUUGUGUCCAAUGUUCAGACUUAUGCAAAACCUGCAAAGAUUACACUGGUGAGUGUCAGGAGUGUAUUGAUUCAACUAAGAUGAUGGUUGAUACAACAAAUAAGAAAAACUGUAAAUGCAUAGGCGAUCAAACUCUUUCUAAUAAGCAAUGCAUUUGCUCAGGAAAUAAACAAUUCAACGGUUCUGUAUGCUCUGAUUGCGGCUAUUUCUGCAGCACUUGUAACACUGGAACUAAGACAUGCUUAACUUGUGUUGAUUCUAGAAGAAUGGCACCAGUCAGUGGCACCACUACUUGCGCAUGUAAGUCAAAUCAAAUUACAAAUACUAACUCUUGUUCCUGUGCUUCUGGCUCUUACUUUGAUGACGUAACAUGUCCUAGUUGCCAAAACAAAUGCGUUAGCUGUAAAGGCUUGUGUGCUACCUGCGAUGAUUACACUGGAAAUUGUCAAACUUGUAAAGACACUGCAAGAAUGGAUAUUGACCCUGCAGAUAAAACAAAUUGCAAAUGCAGAGGAACCCAACAGCUUGCCACUGGAACCUCUACUUGCAGCUGUGCAGCAGGUACCUAUUAUAAUGGAACUACAUGUCUUAAAUGCGGAGAUCGCUGCGCCACAUGUGAGAACUACACUGGAAAUUGCAAAACUUGCCUUGAUUCUUCUAGAAUGAGCCUUUCUGGUAAGACUUGCCAAUGUAAAGGAAACCAGCAAUCCAGCUCUACCGCAUGCUCUUGCUAUCCAAAUCAAUACUAUGACGGAUCAACUUGCCAAUCUUGUGGCAAAAACUGUAAGACUUGCAAAGACACGACUGCAGAAUGCACAUCAUGUUAUAGUAAUUAUGCCCUUGAACAAAUAGCUCUCCCAUUAGUAUGUUCUUGUCCUGCUAAAACCUAUGAUGUCAUUUCAGGCUGCAAUCCUUGUGGAACAAUGUGUGCUUCUUGUUUGAAUGCAGGAAUUUGUUCAACUUGCAACGAUGAUACAGUUCAAGAACUCGACCCAAAUAAUAGCCAGAACUGUAAAUGUAAAGCUGCUACCUACUAUGAUGGCACAACCUGCAAGAGCUGUGGAACUUACUGUGCUGCAUGUGAAGCAACCAAAUGUACUCAAUGUGUGGACACAGAUAAUAUGAUUUACAAUACUAUUAAGGCUCACAAUUGUGAAUGCAAACUCGGAAUGUACUAUGACGCUAAUUCAGCUAAAUGUGUCAGUUGUAUGGAUAAAUGCAAUGUUUGUAGCAGUGGCACAAGCUGUACUACUUGUGAAAGCGGAUAUUAUUUCGAUGUGCCUACGUCUAGCUGUAAAGUGACUACAUGUGACUCUGGAACUUAUUAUGAUGAAAACUCGUGUAAAGCAUGUUCUGCUCCUUGUUUGGCUUGCUCCAGCUCAACUUUCUGUUAUACUUGUAUUACAGCUGACUUUUCAAUUGACGCCAGAGCUGGAACUUGCAACUGUGUGGCUGGUAAAUGGUAUAAGUCUUCUAGUAAGACUUGUGAGCUCUGUGGCCAGUACUGCUCAACUUGCACAGGAUCAGCUGAAUUCUGCUCAACUUGUAUUGAUUCUACUAUGACUUAUAAUGCAGUAACAGGAGUGUGCACAUGUCCAGCGAAAACUUAUUUCAGUACAGGAGUCUGUAAGAGCUGCGCUGAUCCUUGUUCGAAUUGCAGCAGCCUGACGUUCUGUUUAAGCUGUGUUGAUGCUACAAUGACCUUGGCAGCAGCUACUGGUGUUUGUAGGUGUAAGGAUGGAUUUUACUUUGAUUCAGCAAGUCAUAAGUGUUUGGCUUGCGAUGUUACAUGUGCUACCUGCUCUAGCUCAUCAAGUUGCUCUACUUGCAAAGAUCCUACAAUGUCUAUUAGUGCUUUUAAUUGAUAAGAAGACAAAAUUUAAUCCUUUUUAAUAGUAAAUUUUAAGGUAUUAUAGACUACUUCUAUUUAAAUUUUAAAUUAUUUUCCACAUAAAAAGAAAGAUAAAUUUUAUUGAUACUUAACGGGAAAUUAGUGCGGUGUUUGUACUUGUCCUGCUCGCCAAUAUUUCGACACUCAAUCUCUGUCCUGCAAGAACUGCGAUGCUACCUGUGGAAAAUGCACAAACUCUUCUUCAUCAUCUUGCACUGCUUGCAGAGAUGCAGCUAUGACUUUGACCAAUGGAGUUUGUACUUGUCAAAGCACCCAAUAUUUCAAUUUGGUUACAAACGCCUGUAAGACCUGCACUGGACCUUGCAAGAGCUGUACCUCUGAUACUUUCUGCACAUCUUGUCUUGAUACAGCUACUCUCAAUUCUCAAACCGGAGUCUGCUCAUGUGCUGACGGCCAAUACUUUAACUCUACCCUUUCCAAAUGCACAACUUGCAAUGGUCUCUGCGACACCUGCUCCUCAUACUCAACCUGCAUAACUUGUGUUGAUAAGACAAACCCAAUCUCCAAUGGUGUAUGCACAUGUGCAAACGGAUACUAUGCCUUAGAUAAACAAUGUGUUAAGUGUCCUUCCCCAUGCUCAACUUGUUCCAGCGCCACAGUAUGUACUGGUUGUAAGAAACACGCAACUCUAAAUAACUCAAGCAAAAAAUGCACUUGUGACAGAGGCUAUGGCCUUAAUAGCACUGAUACUUCUGGAUAUUGUGUUGCUACUUGUAAUAAGCUUUGCACUGUUUGUGACAUUGAUAAUGCCAAUCUUUGCUCUAGUUGUGUGACAAAUGCUGAGCUUACAGGAACAGCUUGUGCUUGUACUGCUAAUUCUGCAUAUAGUAGUGCAGCUGGAGGGUGCGCUUGCAAUGCAGGGUAUACUUUGUCAAAUAGUAAGUGUGUGGUAUGCAAGAGGUAUCUUGCACCAAGUGACUUAUUGUCUGCUGAAUUCAGCUCGUCGUGGACGUCAAUUUCUAUUAAUUUCAAUACAAAGGUGGACACCUCAGUUGACCCGUCCUGCUCGAAAACUUUCACCGCAGCAACAGUAGCCUUGUUUGGAACUGGUGCAGUUUGCUCAUGGACUGAUAAAAAGACACUCAAAAUAGCGUUAGGCACUGGCUUUUCACUGAGGUAUAGCACUCUUUAUUUGGAUGGGACUUAUAUUCUGAAAGAUUCUACUGAUCCUUGCACUACUAACUAUCAGCCUCUUUCGCUGAAUCCAACAGCUACAUCUAGUCCUGUUCCAGCAGCAGUUAUAACUGGCCAAUCCAGCUUUACUUUAGGCUGCGGAUCUGAUCCUCUUACUAUCAUAAUUAUAAAAUAGGCAUAUUCUAAUUAUGAGGUUUGUCUCCACCCUGUGAAUUUGUCCUAGUAAUGAUAGAGUAAUAAAAUCCAGUGAUGUUCUGAACUACACCCAGUCUUUAGGGGCUGGAAUAUCUAGGGUGUGCCUGACAGACUCAUGCUGACUGUCAAGAGCUGAAGAAUAAAAAUCUUAGGAUUCAAAUGUCUAAGAAGAAGCUUGCAUAAUGGACAAAAAUUGUUUGGGUCAGCAGCCAGAUAAUCUCAAGAGCGAACUCUUUGGGACAACCCCCAAAAAGUUUUAUGGCUAGAGAGAGAUGAAAUUUUAAAAUUGAUUAAGAUCCUCUUACAUUCUCUGGUGACAAAUCUACAGGAUCUCUAGGAAAUAAUUUAUCUUACCUCUGGGCCGUUACUUCAAUAUCUCCAGCUAACUCCAAAGUAUCGGACGCCAUCAAUAAGAAAGCAACUGCUUCAAUUUCUAUAGACCGUUCCUACUUUGACUCAACUACCACGACUACAGUGACUGUCAGUUUAACAGUGACCAAUUUCUUGACCAUUUCAAACACUGCUUCCUUUACAACCACAGUCACUGGUGGAAAUGCAUUGACAGUAAUAUUUGACCAAGGCAAUACAGUCUCUAUGAAAUCUUCAACGUCUAAAACACUUAAAGCAAAAGUCACUUCUCUCUGUGGAACAACUACUGGAACUAUCACUUGGGCAUGGAGCUACGACAGCGGGCCGACAAUAGACUCUGCCUCAAUUCUUGCUAACGCAAAUGCAGAUAAGCUAACUAUUAAUGCGAAUGCUUUGGCAGCAAGCUCUACUCCAUAUGUAUUUAAAGCAACUGCUUCACAAGUCAGCAAUGGGUCGACAAUUACAGGAAGUGCCACUAUUUCAGUUACAGUAACCGCUUCACCAUUAAGUGUUGGGCUAUCUAAAACAAGUGGAGAUGUUUCUCCUGACAGAGACUAUACUGUUAACGCCCAAAAUUCAAAAGACCCUGACAAUCCUAGCUCGACUUACAACGAUUUCAAAUAUAAGUGGACUUGUUUGAAUAGCUUAGAUAACAGUGCAUGUGUAGGAGCUGAUGGCAAGACUCCUUUGAGUAGCGAUACUGACUCCACUUUGACUAUUCCUUCAUCACAAAUGGUUAAAGGAGCCCAAUGGGAGAUUACUUGCACUAUAUCUAAAGACACAAGAACCGCAUCUGCUACAAUAUCUCUAACUCCUCGUCUUAUGAUGAUUUUAAAAACCCGAUUUAUAUAUAUUGAAUAAUUAAUCUUAAAUCAAAUUAUUGCUUGAAGAUACUUUUUCUAGCAAAGGAAUGCUGAUUUUAUAAAAAUAGACUCUUUAAAUAGUUUGCUCGCUAAUCUUUAUCUUAUUUUAAUUAUACUUGCCUAAAGCAUAUUGAAAGUCCUGAAGGCUUAUCCUAACCCCUUAGACUUCCCUUUCUGCUUGUGAUUUGCGUUUCACGACAAGACAAAGGUUGUUCCUGCCGUAUGAGGCCUACGCCCGCUAUCCGGUAGUCAGAUUGUCGAGUAUGUGCCAGCAAAUAUUACCAUCAUGGAAAAUUAAAAAAAUGAUUAAGAGAUUAAUAAAUUAAAUCCGAAGCAAGGGCAUAAUUCCUCGCUUCAUGCUGGAAAAUGGUCCUAAUCGGCAAAGAAAAUAGCCAGUGGAUUUGUCGUGUGAUCCCUUUCCAACUCUUGGCUCCUUCCUCUAGGCAGAGCUUUGAUUUGAAGUAAAGCAUGCAGGCAAUUAGUCCUAUAUUACGCUUUAUCAAUUAAAAUGUAUCCAGAUGCAAAUUCAAAAGCGCCAUAUCCCUCCUCACAGGAGCUGCGAAGCUGGGCUACUUCGUUCGCCAUUUUAAUUCAUGCUUGCUCGCUAGUCAAAAGGUGGGAGUAAAUAUUCUGAGCAAGACAUCUGACGUCUCAAUUGAAAUUGAAUACAAAGUCGAAAAGUUUAGCCUAUCCUCGAAUAUUGUGAUAACUGCUCAAGUCACAGCUGCUUCUACAGCUACUUUGAAAUGGACUGAAAAUUCAGGAUCAAUCAGCAUUUCUCCUAACUAUUUGUCUACAAUGUCUGUGCCUUCUAGUCAGCUAAUUGCAGGCUCGACCUAUACAUUUACCCUUACAAUUACAUCUAAUGAUGUUAGCAUAACCGUUGAAUAUCCAGUCACCCUUAAUCUUGGUGCAGUUUGUACCAAAGAUCCUAGUAUAAGUCCAGAUACUGGCACAGCAAUCACUACAAUAUUUAAGCUAAGCAUUGAGGACUGCUAUGAUAAAGACGAAGAAGACUACCCAUUAUCAUACACUUACUUAGACUACUCCAACAAUAAAGCAUACACUCUUGGCUACACCUCAGAAAUUAAUUCGCUCUCCACAUACCUUUUCCCUCAGAAGAAUACCAUCACCAUUCGUGUUUGUGAUUACUUGAAGACUUGCAAUGACUAUAAGAAAGAUGUCACAAUUGGAAACUUUAAUAGCAGGCGUUUAGAAACAAGCUCUUUAAUGGAUUCUUAUAAAGAAAGCACGGUUGACGUUGAUAAUGUGCCUUCUACCAUUUCGCUAUUUUGCAGCUCAGCGACUAUUGAUAGUGAUCUAUUCUCCCUUAUGUGGACUGAUUUGCAGAAUUAUAUUUCCAGCAAUGAGGUGAAUAAUGAUGUAUUGGAAAAUGCAUUAGGUGCAACUUACUCAAUGACAGGCCAGACAGAACAGAUGAGUGUAGACAUGUUCCAGACAUUUGCUUUAUGGCUUUCUAAAAUCAUUGUGGAUAACUCUGAUCUUGUGCCAAGCCAAGAUAACAUGAAUACUAUAGUGGCUCUUGCUGAUAAUUAUUUGGCAUAUGGAAACAUGACUGAGUUUUCUAGUCUGUCUCUUGAAGGAUAUAUUAUGAACAUUGAUACAUUCCUGACAUAUUGGGAAAUAGCAGCUACUAAGGAUGAUUUGGUAACUCAAGGAGCUAUGGAUGGAUCUCAAAACCUAAGAAAUUUAUUUUUCCAGAAAUUUUCCUCUGCACUAUUUGAUUGAAUUUUUUUCUUGUCAGACAUUUUGUCGACAAAAUCCUUUUUUUGAUCAAUAUCGAUUAGAAAAAAAUUACUCAGAAAUGGCUGCAAAAGGAAAUGUCACUUAGAAAAGUAUUCAGCCCUCAAAACACUGAUAUAACUAAAAUUUAUAAGUACAGAGACUUCCCGACCGCGAUGGCCAAUCAAACAGUCCCGCUCUCCAACAACCGCACUAUUUCUAUGCCUACAAAAUUCAGCUAUUCUGACACUGACAUCAUGAAUAUUAAAUUGCACUAUUUCAACACCUCAAACGACUAUUCUGACCUUGUUAUGCUGAGCUUUGCACAGUCAGGAACUUAUGAGAACUUAAAACUUGAAACUACAAACGAGACGUAUGUGCCAUUCUCUACCACUGAUUAUCCAGUUAUCUUGGAAAUGCCGAUAUCUCAGAAUAUCACUGAAGAGUAUGAAUGGACUUGCUUGUUCUAUAAUGAGACUAGUAAGGCAUGGCUUCAUGAUGGCUGCACUGUAACUGAAAUCAAAAAUGAUAGCGUUGUAUUUGAAGUCUAUCACUUCUCUAUGUUCAAGCUUGGACAAGCUGAACCCCAAGCUCCACCGAAUCCAUAUCCUCAACCUUCUGGGCCUUCUUGUGGCGAUAACUACGCUCCACUUUAUAUUCUGGUCGUCGUCCUCUUCAUUUCUAUGAUUUUGGCUCCAAUUAUGAUUAUAUAUGAUAGGCUUGAAAAGGUAGGAAAGACCGUGGAAGAAACUCCUCAUCCUGCUCAUGCUCCAAGACCUACUGAGCGAGCCUUGAUGUCGCCUUCUACUGAUGGCUUUGAAACUGAACAAAGAACCACAAGGCACUUCUUCACAGGUGCUCAGCCUUCAGAUUCAAUCGAGCUCGCUGAAGGAGAAGAAAUUGUUGAAGCAUCAGAGCAAAGGAGUUCCGACAACGACAGUGACGAAAUUGUAGACUCAGUAAACAUUGAUUUGACUGAAAACUCAUAUGCUCAGCCAGUUGCAACUGAAACUGAAGUAGAGAAACCUGAAGAUGAGUCUAAGACAGAGCUUGCUGAAUUGAUUGAAGGACAUUUGAUAUUUGGUUUGGUUUACUUCAGAAGCAACUUCUCAAGAUGGGCUAGGCUAUUCACGCUGACAACAAUCAUUAUAUUUGAACUUUUACUUGAAGGAUUGUUGCUAUUUGGAUUUGAAAACACUGACUCAGGAUCCUCAGCAUCCACUGAAACACUGUUCAAUGACUAUGAAGCUAAGUACUUCGGGUAUACUAUUUUGGCUCUUGCCAUUGCAAUUCCUAUAGAAAUUUUCAUGAUAAUUGCGUUGAGUAUUGAUAGAACUAAAGCUCCAGCUUGGACAGCUGCUGCAGUUGCACUAGGUAUUACUAUCAUUAUUGGCUCUAUAAUUGGAAUUGUUAUGCUUAGCUUCUCGUUCUGCUUCGAGUGGAGUGGAUACUGGGCUAUUUGCUUCCUCUAUGGAAUCUUGAUACAGAUAUUCAUAUUUGAGACCUUCUACAUGAUUGUGAGAUAUUUUAUUCUCCAAAUGGUUCCACAGGUGGAAGAAACCAAGACUAAGGCUUAA